AUGCCCCUGACUACAGCCUGUGUCGGGGCAAACGUCACCCCGACGGUGAUAUCGACCUGGUUUGCUCAUUAUAUCGAUAGAAAACCCCGUCACCUCAAGCCAACUGCCCAUAUAUCCUACGACGAGGGCCUCAAUGUCGUCCGCGCUUUCCUGAAGCAUGCUGCGUACCACACCGUUGAGGAACUGCAAGCUUUCACCGCCCAGAAAAUCCCCUCUCCAACAUGGGUCAAGAUUCAAGAAGAAACUGUUCCAACGGAAUACCUGUCAAAGGCAGCUGACAACGUGAAUGCUCAAUUGGGUGAGCGUGGAAUCAAACGAGUCGGUGGGAAGACUUGGUGGCAGUGGCGCGGCCAUUACGGCGACCUGAAAUGCGAAUGGAUAGAAAUGAAAAGCGACUACCGAGCGAGAAAACAAACAGAUGCGCAUUGUAGACGUGUCAUGCUAUAUGUGCACGGCGGUGCUUAUUAUUUUGGCAGUCUGGAGACACACCGCUAUCAGAUCCAGCGCCAUGCUCGAAAGCUAAAGGCCCGUGUUUUUGCGCGGUAUUUGACUGACCUUUUGCGAUAUACUUCGUACCGUCUUUCGCCGCAAUUUCCAUUCCCAUGCGGCUUGCAAGACUGCCUGGCGGCUUAUCUCUAUUUGCUAACUUUGCAGGAUCCCACGGAAAUUGUGGUAGCAGGAGACUCUGCCGGGGGUGGUAUGGUAAUCUCUCUCUUGGUCAUUUUACGUGAUCAGGGAAUUCCGCUACCUGCCGGUGCUAUCCUUAUUUCGCCAUGGGCAGAUCUCACUCACUCCUUUCCUUCUGUCGCAACUGGAAGUAAAUUUGACUACAUCCCCGAGCAUGGCUUCAUGCAUCGUCCCUCUCGCGGCUGGCCUCCGCCGAACUCAGAGGAUUUAGCUUUUAUCUACAAGACUGCUAAUGAGAAUAAAUCCCCUGCGAAGAAACAUAACCACGAUCAAAGCAGCAACCAGAACUCCGAGACGGUCAAUGACCGUGAUCAGCAGACUGCAAUUCAGGGAUUUGUUGUAAAGGAACAAGAUACCGAAGGUGCCAAACACACCUAUCCCGGUUUGCAGAGUGGCAUCGAGCGAGUUGAGACGGCGGACUUUGGGACAAGCCAGGCAGAUACGCUUGUUGUACCCAUGCCAAAUAAUACCGUGGUUGAGAUCAAAGACCAAAUUCAAAUGUAUGCCCCAAACCAGAUGCUGUCACAUCCUCUGGUAUCACCAGUCUUGCAACCUUCACUGGGUGGUCUACCGCCAUUAUUGAUAUUAACUGGCGGCGGGGAAUUGCUCCGAGAUGAGCAGAUAUACCUGGCGCACAAAGCUGCAGAUCCAGCAGCUUACCUUCCGUCGGAUGUGUUUCUAGAUGAGCAUGAUCCUGAUAGAACCAUAGUGAAUAAAUAUGGACCAACAAACGUACAAUUACAGGUUUGGGAGGAUUUGUGUCACGUUGCUCCGACUUUAGGGUGGACAAGACCAGCCAAGUUCAUGUAUCGUUCCAUUGCACAGUUUGGUGCGUGGGCACUAGCACACGCCCAACAUAAGGAAAUCGAUAUCCCAGAAGACGACGUAUCGUCAAUUUCGAGUGGGUCGUCGUCCGCUUCUGACAAUAACCAGGAAAGGAACCCGACUGCAUCCAUCGGGAAAGCCGGUGAUUCACUGCCACCUUUUCGGAAACAUAUGAUCCGACAGAGGGUGGAUAGACAUGGCAUGGUAUAUCAUCUAGAUCCGCCAGAUUCCCUGCCAGGUCUUCGGCAUCCGCGUGAAAAAGUUGGUGCACUCAAUUACGACAUUGUCAAGAAGUGGCUAGGAGCUAAGAAGGCGUGGGAUGAGAAAUUCGGGAAGGAGAAGCUCGCUGUCCAGCGUCGCCGAAUCAAAGAUUUUGAACAGGGGUAUUUUGGCUUCGAUGGUGAACUACCUCCAGCAUGUUCUUUGGCUAGUAGACGAAUGGAGAAUGAUCUUGCUCCUCCAAAGCCACGCAAGAGCUAUGGCAUGAUGAUGUGGUCUCUUCUCGCUAGCAAACAUGACAAAGCAAUGGUCGAAAAGGAGCAAAAAGAUGGGGAUCUCCAAUAUGUCAGCGCUGACAAAUCUGUGGAAAGCAUGCAGAGUGAGGGAGGUAAUGACAUUGCCGAGAAUAAUACCUUGCAAAACGCAAGUACUCCUUUGUCAGACCAUGAAAGGUCUCGGAGUCGCUCACGCAGCCGGUCGAGAAUUGUCAGCGAUAUCGGUCAAGCGGCAGAGAACCACCGAAAUGGGCAUCAAUCCAGCAACUGCGCCAUUGUCGAUGUUGAAGAAAACCUAGAGUCGAAUUUGCAAUCCCGCCAUUCGACACCUCGGCCCAACAACGGCAACACACCGGUGUUACUCAUUCCAGGUCUUGAUAAUUCCAGUUCUGCUCAAUCUUCGAACAGAAAAAUAGAAAACGCUAGCACGAUGGCAGUUGUCGAUGCCGAAGGUGUCAUCAACGCGGCGGAUGGAUCGACACUGAACUCCGUCAAUGCGUCCUCGCUUUCAAGCUCUCUCACCCCUAAAGCGGGUGCGUAUGAGGAAAGAACCAAAAGGCCAGAAAUGCCAGGCCGAGAAGAAUUCACCACCGCUGAAGAGUUUCAUGAUCCGCAGGCAGCGAAUCUCUAA